ACAUUAACUAAAAUAGUGUAAAAUUGCUGAGUUGAUAUAAUAAUAAAAGUUACCGUGCGUGGCACGGGACCUAACCUAGUAUGUACUAUUUAUUUCUUAUGAAAAUAACUUGUUUGUAAAAUUAAAAUGUACAAUUUUUUUUUUUUUUUUUUUAAAAAAAAAAAAAAAAAAAAGAGAGAGAGAAUAACUCUUCCCGCCAAAAGUCUAACAUCACAUUUCUAGCGCUAUUUUCAUCCCGCCAUUUUGAAACCCUCAAACACUCUCUCUCUUUCUUUCUCUCUCCUCAACUCACAAGAAAGUCGAUUCAGUCUUUGUUCCUCUUUGCUGAUUUCCGUCGUCGUCGUCGUCGUCGUCGUUGUUGUCAUUGUCGUCGUCGAAUCUACAAAUUCGAUAUUCAGGUAUAAAUCGAAGAUGACGAGAGAAGAGGUUGAAAAUGGAAGAGAUAACAUGUUAAUUGACGGUCCAGAAUAUCAAAACCCUAACCCGAAUUCGAUUUCCGAAUGCUUUAAUGCUAAUUACCUUAAAGUUUAUUACUCAAAGCUGUUUCCUUAUUCUGACAUGUUCAAAUGGAUGGCAUAUGGAAAUGAUGGAAAGCACCCAGGAUGUGAUAUGUCUUAUUUCAGCAGAAGGGAAUUUUCAUUUACGCUGGAUAAUGAUAUAUAUUUGCGGUUUCAAUCUUUUAAAAGUGCUUCGGAACUUGAAAGUGCUGUCAAGGAUAAAUGCCCCUUUAAAAUUGACAUUGGUCCUGUUUAUAGUGUUGAUCCAUCAAAGAGACAUGCCUAUGCACAAACUGGGGACAAUGUCUUCAAACCUGUGGAAAGAGAGCUUAUAUUUGAUAUUGAUAUGACAGAUUAUGAUGAUAUCAGAUACUGUUGCUCUGGAGCUGAUGUCUGUCGAGACUGUUGGCCUCUGAUGACAGCUGCUAUUAAAAUUAUUGACACUGCUCUCAGAGAUGAUUUUGGUUUCAUACAUAUCCUCUGGGUAUUUAGUGGUCGGCGUGGUGUACACUGUUGGGUUUGUGAUGCAAAAGCAAGAAGGCUAACCAACGAACAACGAGCUGCUAUUGCCGAGUAUUUUCAUGUGUACAAGGGCAAUGAGAAUAGUCAGAAAAAGGUCUACCUUGGGGGUUCUUCUCUUCAUCCAUUUCUCGUGAGAUCAUAUACUGAAGUUUUGAAGAAAUUCUUUGAGGAGACCUAUCUUUGUAGUCAGCAGCUACUUUCUGCUGAAGAGAGAUAUGAAAAGAUUCUAGAGAUGAUUCCUGAUGAAUCCAUUACUUCUGAUUUCCGGGGAAAAUGGCAGGAUAAUAGGCGAUCAUCCAGUAGUAGAGAAGACAUCAAUGUUGCUCGUUGGGGGCAAUUAAAGCACGUCCUUCAAGCUGGGAAGCAGAAGGGGCAGGGACUACGCAGAUGUGUUGAGGAGAUUGUAUUUUCUUAUACAUACCCUAGGCUAGAUAGUGAGGUCUCAAAACACAUGAAUCAUUUAUUGAAGGUGCCCUUCUGUGUACAUCCAAAAACAGGUCGUGUAUGUGUUCCUAUUGAUCCCAACCAGUGUGAGGACUUUGAUCCUACCAGUGUACCAACCCUUUCCCAGCUUUUGGAAGAACUUAACAGAAGUCAUGGUGGGGAUGGUGAAACUGACUUGGAGAGAACUUCGCUUGGCAAGUCAAUUGCAUUUUUCAGGUCAUCAUUCUUACAGCCUCUGUUGAAAUCAUGCAAAGAAGAAUUGGAAGAUACUUAUAACAAAAAACUUAAGCAGAGCAAGGACGCACUGACUUGGUAGAGGUUUCUAUUGGGUUAUCCGGAUUGUAGAAUAUUUAUCUGUUCUCUUCUGUGGCUAUGUAAGUGUCUUGGUUUAUGUAUAAUUUGUUAUUUAGUCAGUAGGAGAUAACUUAUACGAGUAAUGCACUAUAGAAAUGCCCUGCAUUCCAGGUUACAACAUUUGAUAUGGAUGCUUUCUGUACUAUCUAUAAAUUUUAUUGCAAUAUUAGUCGUGAAAAUUUCAACCUCAUAGUACAUUCUUAUUUGCUUCUUGACUUGUACGUGAUUGUCUGUAUCUUUGUUUCUUGCAUACAAGAUAACCCUCACCCUAAACAAAACUGUCAAUGGUGGUUUUGGCCUCUCUUAUUAAUUGAUUUUUUUUUUUUCGUUAUGUCAAGGCAUCUGAUAUAUAAAUGGUCAGGCUCCAUUGAAAAACAUGCUUCUGGUGUUUUAACUCUCUGUUUUGAGCUUAAGAGGAGUUGUAAUCCUAAACCGGUAUUGGUUACGAUUGGGACAUUAAUGGCUAUUUCUGACAUAUAUAAGGGUAUU